CAUUCCAUCCUCGCUCACCUUUUCAACGUAAGACAUUCUUUGCGCUGGUGUCCUCCGUGUCGGCGUGGUACCAUCCUCACAUGCGCCCCAGGCCAACUGUCAAGGGAGUUCCCCGACCGCCCCGUGCCAAAACCGGGUAGUGUGCAUGGCCAGGGAGAAGCGAUGAGGACAGCGACUUGGCCGAAAUUUGUGACGAGCAUCCGGCUAAUCGGCUACUUGCAUGCGACACACGACUUGUUUCCGUCGCCUCGCCACUGCCAUAUUCGUGUUUACAAGUAUACCAGCGUUACAACUUCAGUUGCUUGUUGAUAUACAUUAGCUGGUUUGGCAAGCUCAAGCACCAUGGCCCUGGCGACGCGCAAGGCGUUCUCUGGCAAGUCAACGAUUUCCGCUGCUCGCAGCCGGACCACCGUGACUCGUGUCUGCUGCCAGGCAAGCGGCAGCCCGCGCCGGUCCUUCCUGCAACAUACGGCUGCCUUCACCGCUGCCGCUGCCAUCCUCCUCGGCUCGCAGCCCGGUGCCAUCGCCGCCAGCCUGCCCCCCCAGGACAUUAAGGUCAUCUGCGACGCGGAGUGCAGCGCCAAGCUGGAGUCUGCGCCCGAGGUGUCGCUGCCCAGCGGCCUCAAGUACCGGGAAAUCGCGGUCGGCAACGGCCCCACGCCGCCCGUGGGCUUCCAGGUGGUGGUGCACUAUGUGGCCAUGACACCUAACCUGCGCGUGUUUGACAGCAGCCUUGACAAGGGCAAGCCCUACGACAUCCGUGUGGGUGCGGGCCAGGUGAUCAAGGGCCUGGAUGACGGCCUGCUGGACAUGAAGCCGGGUGGCAUCCGCCGCCUGUACAUCCCCGGCGACAUGGCCUUCCCCAAGGGCCUCAAGGCCGCGCCCGGCCGCCCCGCCGUGCCGCCCUCGACCCCCGUGGUGUUCGACGUGCAACUGCUGUACAUCCCCGGCCUGGAGGCGGACGAGUAAAUGUGUGGUCGAAGCUCACCUUGCCGGGAGGUUGGCAAAUGCGAGGCGGGAGGUUGAGAAAAGUGAGGGGGAGAAGCCUGGAACCGGUGUUGAUUCAAAACGUAGUACCGUAACACCAUGCGGCUGUCACUAUUGUACGUAUCAUUGCGUGUGAAGGACAUUUUUGGGCUGAGGGGCUAGUAUUUUGCGGUCGGCAGGUCGGGCUGUAGGGUUGGCGCUGUCGGUUUUGGGUUACGCAGCUGUUGGAAGCAGUGUAUGGAUCAUUGGGUCCGGCGUGGCAUGCAGUUUUUGAAUGCAAUGCUUGUUUUCUUGUAAACAUUCACAUCA